GUUUCUGCGGAGCGCAGGACUCGUCUAGAGUGACGCCUAUCCCUUUGCGCCACCGUCGUCGUCUUUGUGGCCGUCGGAUUGACUAUCGCCAUGGCCGCUUUCAUCUACCGAGGCCAGCAAAACGACCCCUCAAAAGUGUUCGAUAGUGAAACUCUUGCCAUGGUCUCGCCCUCUGCUGCAGCCUUUACCGUCAGCAGUCACAAAGUUCUCGAUUUGGACAAGGCCACCAAACCCGACGCCGAUCCUUCGGCCAAAAGCGCCAACGGCGACGUUUGCAACACUUCCGGCUGCGUCCUGGCAGCGGCCGAGAUCCUGAAAAAUAUAAACAAGACGGUGAAUCCUUGCGAGGAUUUCUACUCGUUCGCUUGCGGCGGAUUCGAAACGAGGAACGUGAUUCCGGACGACCAGUCGAGCGUGACGACUUUCAGUUUGAUUAGCGACGAAGUGACGGAGCAGCUGCGGUCGCGCUCAUCGAGAGGCCCACCAAAGAAACGGACGCUGCUGAGCCGUUCAAGCUGAUCAAGAAACUCUUCCAGUCGUGUUUGAACAAUAAGACCCGGGCGGAGGAGGUGGGCCUGGCGCCGCUCAAGGAGGUCCUUGACCAGUUUGGCGGCUGGCCGGUCGUCGUUGGCGACAGCUGGGACGACAGCACUUUUGUUUGGACUGACAUGAUUUACAAGUUCCGUCUGGCCGGCUACUCGAUCGACUACUUUGUCGACUUUUCCGUCACGACCGACCUGAAGAACUUGACUUCGCGUAUUAUUGACUUGGAUCAAGCCACUCUGGGACUGAACCGGGAAUAUCUGAUCAAAGGUCUCGGAGACAAGGACGUCAAAGCUUACCUCGAUUAUCAAGUCGGUUUAGCCAACUUCUGAGAGCGAUAAGGAUAAGGAUACCGCAACCAAGCAACAGA